GUUUUCUACCUCCCCCCGCCAUUCUCGCUCUCUCUCUCUUUCCAAUUCUUCUUCUCCUUUUUUCUGUUCCAUUACACAUUUCAACUAAACUUUCUUCUUCUGCACAUUUAAUUAAUCAAUCAUAAUCACCAUCACAUCCACCACAAUUAAUUAAUUUAAUCAACAUUACAACCAAUGUCACCACCACCAGGAAUCAAACUAAUAAGAAACAGAGAAUGGAACAUACAAACAUAUCGUUACAUAGUUUUACUAAUAACAUUCAUCGCUUACGUUUGUUACCACGCUUCAAGAAAACCAACAGGAAUCGUUAAAUCAAUUCUCUGCCCUGAUCCAACACACACCAACAAAACAAUCUAUCACGGGUGGGCCCCAUUUAACGGACCUGACGGCGUUUCAAAAUUAGGAGAAAUCGAUCUAGCAUUUCUUGCAUGUUACUCUCUUGGUAUGUAUGUUGCAGGUCAUUUAGGUGAUUCGUUGGAUCUUCGUUUGUUCUUAACAAUGGGUAUGAUUGGUAGUGGAAUAUUUGUUGGUGUUUUUGGAAUGGGGUAUUUUUGGAAUGUUCAUGAGUUUUGGUUUUAUUUAACAAUGCAAAUGAUUGCUGGGUUGUUUCAAGCAACAGGUUGGCCUUCAGUUGUUGCGGUUAUUGGGAAUUGGUUUGGGAAAAGGAAAAGAGGAUUAAUAAUGGGGAUUUGGAAUGCACAUACUUCUGUUGGUAAUAUUAGUGGUUCUCUUCUUGCUGCUAGUGUUUUGGAUUAUGGUUGGGGUUGGUCUUUUGUUUUACUUGGUGGGUUGAUUAUGCUUGGUGGGUUUCUUGUGUUUUUUUUCUUACCUGCUUAUCCGGAAGAUGUUGGCUUUUCUUUUAUAAAUGGAGAUGAAGAAGCUCAAAUUGUUAAAUCUGGUGUUGGUGUUGGUGGUGUUGGUGGUGUUGAAGGGGAGAGAGAAAGAGAGAGACAAAAAAGAUGUGAAAGUGGUGGGAGAGGGAAGAGUAUUGGACUAGUUGAAGCUUGUAUGAUACCUGGUGUUAUUACUUUUGCUUUGUGUCUUUUCUUUGCUAAGCUUGUAGCUUAUACUUUUCUCUAUUGGUUGCCGUUUUACUUGACUCAGACAGAAAUUGGUGGGAAGUAUAUGUCUGUUAAAUCUGCUGGGAACCUUUCAACGUUGUUUGAUGUGGGGGGUAUUUUUGGGGGAAUACUUGCUGGCUACAUGUCUGACAAACUUAGUGCCCGUGCUAUAACCGCAGCCACCUUCAUGUAUGCGUCAAUUCCUGCUAUGCUUUUAUACCGAUCAUAUGGAAGUGUUUCUAUGCAUGCUAACAUUGGACUUAUGAUAGUAUCCGGAUUAUUCGUAAAUGGGCCAUAUGCGCUUAUCACUACUGCUGUCUCUGCUGACUUGGGUACACAUAGUUCUCUCAAAGGCGACUCUCGUGCUCUGGCCACAGUGACGGCUAUCAUAGAUGGUACGGGAUCGGUUGGUGCAGCUAUCGGCCCUCUUCUUACAGGGUUUUUGUCAACUAGGGGAUGGGAUGACGUUUUCAUGAUGCUAGUUCUCGGGGCUUUUAUUGCUGGCCUUCUUCUGUCUCCUUUGAUCUUAACCGAAAUCUCAGAGAGAACGUCCAAAACUAUGACCAAUGGUAGACCCCAAAAUCCUGGAGCCGCUGCAUCUCAACCGCUUUUGCAAGAAGAAAGGUGACAGUGACACUGACCGGUACAUCAUGAAUCGUCAAAGUAUAGUGCUUGGUACUUGGGCUGUCUUGUAAUUAUAUAUGUGAAAGUUGUAAGAUUUUGUUAAUGUUCACCGACUUUAGCUUGCUGCGGCCACUUCAUUGUUCAUAUUUUCAAUGAUGAUGAUAUAUGCCUCUGCUGAUAAGUAAGUCGAGUAGUAGAUUGCAUCCAUUUAGUUAUCUAUAGUAUACUCUAGAGGGUUCCAUAAGGAUUCAUGGUUCUUUAUUGGGGAUAGAACUGGCAUGUAGAGGCUCUUUUCUUCUUGUGUCAUACUCACAUUCGAAGAGAAAUUUCCAUUCAAAAAAUAUUCGAAGAGAUUUUGUUUUCAAUUCGGUCUGCAGCAGGUUUAGGACAUACAAAUAAGUUCCUAUCUUGUUCAUAUUCCAAAUCCUCCACCUAUCUCAAAUUUUGUUGAGAUUUAGAAGAAAAAAUGUUCCUCAACUAAACUUGUAUAGGCAAAUAAUUAGAUAAUUUUCGCUACAUACUAGCUAUGAGCCUAUGAUAUGUGUGGUUUGUAUUGUUUUUGUUUAACUCUGCUUGAAGUUUGAGUAGCGGUUAGACAGUCAUUUUUGUUGUCUUCAUUUUCGGUAUUUUUAACAGAUAAUAAUAAAUAGGUGAACUACCAUAAAAAAUUAUGAGCUCAAAUUGAAAGUGUGAGCUCAACUUGUAGAGUUCUUUGCAUGUGAAUAUCAAAUCUAAAGGAUUACUAGAUCAGAUCUAUAUGUUUGUAUAAAUUGUGUGUAUGUUUUAUUCAUGAAGCCAGAAUGUUUUUAACCCAAA